ACGUUCAGAGUAGCCUGAGCAAACUGUCUUCAUAGUCUUCAGUCUGCAAGAUCUUCACAGCCAUAACCUUAUCACUUUGAAAGGGUAAAAAUUGAUCAGAAUGUCGAAAAAUAAAUUGAAUUUAACGCUUCGACCAGGUUCUCUAGAACCUUUACCACUGACGCCUCACUCAGAAAACGAUUCUGGGCAGUCAUCUAUAGAUAAUAUCCAGGAGCGCAUUGAAGAGCUUAAUAUGAAUGACACUGAAAAGAAACGUUUGGAGAAUUUUCUUUGUCAAAAAUCUGCCAUUGGUGAACUGACAGACGACGACUUGGAAAAAUUAGGUGAAUUGGGGGCUGGAAAUGGUGGUGUCGUUAUGAAAGUAAGACACAAAAAGAGUGGAUACAUAAUGGCGAGGAAGUUAAUUCACUUGGAAGUUAAACCUGCUAUUAAGAAGCAAAUCAUAAGAGAACUAAAGGUUUUACAUCAAUGUAACUUUCCUCACAUCGUAGGCUUCUAUGGAGCAUUUUACAGUGAUGGAGAAAUUAGUAUUUGUAUGGAGUACAUGGAUGGUGGCUCUCUUGAUCUUAUUUUGAAGAAAGCUGGUCGCAUACCAGAACCUAUUCUGGGCACUAUAACUUUAGCGGUUUUGAAAGGUUUGAGCUAUCUUCGAGACAAACAUGCAAUCAUGCAUAGGGAUGUGAAACCUAGCAACAUUCUUGUCAACAGUGCAGGGGAAAUAAAAAUUUGUGAUUUUGGGGUGUCUGGUCAACUUAUUGACUCAAUGGCAAAUUCUUUUGUUGGUACAAGAAGUUAUAUGGCUCCAGAGAGAUUGCAGGGUACUCACUACUCUGUUCAAUCUGACAUAUGGUCUCUUGGAUUAUCCCUUGUAGAAAUGGCUAUUGGAAUGUAUCCCAUCCCUCCUCCUGAUGCAUUAACUCUUGCCAACAUUUUUGGUACUAGCUACGGAAUUAGUGAAGAAACAACAGGUACCUCACUAAACGCAAAUAAUAGUAGCAGCAGUAGUUCAAGCAAUGGACCAAGACCAAUGGCAAUAUUUGAACUACUAGAUUACAUUGUAAAUGAGCCUCCUCCCAAGCUGCCCUCUGGACUGUUUUCAGAUGCUUUUAAAGAUUUUGUGGAACGUUGCCUGAAGAAGAAUCCUGAAGAAAGAGCUGAUCUAAAAUCACUAAUGAAUCAUGAGUGGAUAAAGAAAGCAGAACAGGAGAGAGUAGAAAUUGCCAGCUGGGUGUGCCAGACCAUGGACCUGAAGCCACGGACUCCAACUCGAAUGGUGCCUCUUCCAUCAUGAAUUAUGAAUUAUCAGUUGUCAGAUCAUUGUCAGUAACAUUCCAAACUUUCAACUGUGACUUUCGUGGCCCAUUCUUUCAAGUUAGGACUUUACAAACCACAAUUCCCAGACAGAAAUGCGUAAACGUUUGAUGGUAUUUUACGAUUUGGCCCUGAAGGGCUCUGUGAUUUUCACAAUAAAUUAUUUUUCCCUGUUCAGUGACUUUAAUUACAGUCACUGUCUCUGUUUCAGUGAUGCACAUUAUUAUUAUCAUCUAUUCCUGUUAUUGUUAAUACUUUUAUUGUAUUGGAUUGUACUGAGAUCAUGAAUACAAUUACCUAUUAACCAAUGGAUAUCAUCUUGUUAUAUUUGAAAUGUCCACUUAGUUGCAUGUAAUCAAAGGAAUAUCGUAAAUGUCCCUGAUGCAACAGUGGACACUUCUUAUCUUGCCUAGAAAUUGUUGCAGGAUGUUCUUCAAGAACGAAAUUUUUGAAAUUGUGUGUUCUUAGCACAGAAAGAGUCUUUUUGUCAAUUUAAAUUUCUUCAAUUCUUUCUGUCAGCUUGCUGUCAAAAAUUUACUCUCGAAUUUUAAUACUUCUUAUGCUUAAAUGAACUUAAAAUUUAAUUGUAAGUUAUACCAACUAUUUUAUGCCAAGCCUCCUGACUGGUUCCAUAUCUAUGUAAAAGUCUAUAAUAUUCAAUGAAUUACGUACAGCCAGCAUGAUAUGUUUGCGUAAUGUCUGUCUUAACCAAUCUUCAUUUAGUUUUUGAGUGGAAAGUUGUAGCUUUACUUUGCUGCAUCUGCAUCUCUCAAGUACUUAACAAAUACUUGAUGCAGCUUAUGACCCGUGUGUAAUUUUGAAGGGCUGUGUCAGUUCAAGUGACCGAAUAUUCAUUAAUAUAUCUAAAAUUAUUUAUUAUCUCUUAAGACAACCCUCUAUUAAGUGGACACCUAUGGAAUUCUGUGAGAUGAAUGUGUUUGUGUUAAACUUAAUGUGCCCGUGAGUCUUCGUUACACUCAGUCAUUCAUUCUAUUUUAAGAUAAGUUGCAGUAUGUAUGCAAAACUUUUGCUGGAUUUCUUGAUGAGAUUGCAUGUAUUAUGUUUUAUUAUGUAACUUCAAUUUAUUUUAUCAAUCAGCAAUGUUUUAUCACAAAAGUUAAGAAGGAAUUUUCCCUUGCUUUUAAUCAGUUAUCAGCCGAAACAACCAUGCAGUUGUUGUUCUCUGUGAUCAUAGUCAAACUGAUUGUAUGUUUGAGGGCUUUUUGGUGGCAUCUGCCUGAUGGUCAAAAGCUGAGUCUUCAUUUAUAAUGUAUUUAAUAUUGUAGUGCUUUUUUUAUAUGUUUAAAAUGCUGCAUAAACUGUUGGCAGUUUUUAUUAAUCGUGCAAAGUAGAUAUUUUAUAUUGAUAUGUACCUGUUGAUAAUUUUGAUGUUGUUGGUGCAAACUUGGCUCUUCAAUCCAGUUUGAAUGUACAUUUAUUUGUGCAUAAAUGUGUGUUGUUGUUUUUUUUUUUGUUUUUUUUUUCCCCUUAACACAGGGCUCUUUCACCUUCCAGCACCCUAAAACCUUUGCUCUUUAUUUUUGAGUUGCUUUUGUCUCAAUGGUGCAGAGAGAGGUUAUAUUGGAGAUUGUAUAAUUGGUCUGUAAUGGUUUUUAAUUUUAAUGCUUCAAUAUAAAACCAAAAGAUGAAUUUCUUUGAAGAAAUGGGAUUUAGUUAGCAAUUGCUUAAAGUCUGAAGCUCGGCCUGAAGUAUAUGCAGUAUUGCUAGUGUGAAUUGUGGUUGGACAAAUUAUGUUCAAGGUCUUUUGCUAGUCAGUACAUUGAUCAGUAACUAAAUUAUUUUCACAAUGAUAUUUGCUUAUUGUAGUAUCACAGCAUCUGGUUGCAAUCAUUUUCCAUUAUCAUUUCACUUCUCUUGCCUUGAAUUUUUUAGUUUGUCAUCCAUGCUGUAUGAUGUGAAGUCCUGCUUGAGACUGAAUUUUUAUUUCAUGUUCUACUGCUCUUGUCUUAUAGCUAUGAUUACGGAGAUGCUAUAUUUUGCCCUCUUGUUACCUGCUGUCAUGUGUCUAAUCUAAGAAAUGUAAGAAACUACGAAACCACCUUUGUCAAGAUGUAUCAUCAUUUCAUCGUUGUAUUAAAUAAACAAUAAAAUAAGGUGUAGAAGCCACAAACAAA